AUGGAGUUAAACACAAACCACACAUCCUCUGUUCUCAAAGAUCCUUCACCAUCAGCUAACAACAAAUCAAGACUCGGUGUAUCUUCUGGUAGAUUCAUGAUGAGUCCACGGAAGAAACCAGCAAAACUCGAUGAUGUUAGAUCAAAUGGUUGGUUAGAUGCAAUGAUUUCAUCUUCUCCACCGCGUAAGAAGCUAGUUAAAGAUUUCAACGUCGAAGUUGCUCCUGAAGAUGAUUUUGCUCAACGAGCUUGGAUGCUUAAGUAUCCCUCUGCGCUUAGCUCCUUUGCGCAUAUUGCAGCUCAAGCAAAGAACAAGAAGAUAGCUGUGUUUCUUGAUUAUGACGGUACUCUUUCUCAGAUUGUUGAUGAUCCUGAUCGUGCCAUUAUUUCUGAUGCAAUGCGUUCUGCAGUUAAAGAUAUCGCAAGUUACUUCCCAACCGCAAUAAUUAGCGGUAGAAGCCGUGACAAGGUUUAUCAGUUGGUAGGAUUAACAGAACUUUAUUACGCUGGUAGUCAUGGAAUGGACAUAAUGACUUCUCCUAAUGAUCCGAAUUGUUUCAAAUCGAUUGACCAACAGGGUAAAGAAGUGAAUCUGUUUCAGCCUGCUAGAGAAUUCAUACCUAUUAUCGACGAGGUUUUUAGAACCCUUGUUGAAGAAAUGAAAGAUAUUGAAGGUGCAAAAGUAGAGAAUCACAAGUUUUGUGCAGCCGUUCAUUACCGUAACGUUGAUGAGAAGGAUUGGCCGAUCAUUGCUCAGCGUGUUCAUGACCACUUGAAACAUUACCCUCGUCUGCGUCUAACUCAUGGGAGGAAGGUUUUAGAGGUUCGUCCUGUGAUAGACUGGAACAAAGGAAGAGCAGUCGAGUUUCUAUUAGAUUCUCUUGGACUAAGUAACAAAGACGAUUUUCUUCCUAUUUACAUUGGAGAUGACACAACUGAUGAAGAUGCAUUCAAGGUACUUCGAGAUGGGAACCGAGGUUUCGGCAUCUUGGUAUCGUCUAAACCAAAAGAAAGCAAUGCAUUUUACUCCCUUAGAGACCCAUCUGAGGUGAAGAAGUUCUUAAAGACUUUGGUGAAAUGGGCAAAGUUGGAAAAUAAUUCUACGGGUUUUUGA